GCGGCGCGGGAAGGAUGCAGGUCCACAGGGGCGCGCGCGCGGGGCCCGGGCUGCCGUGGGGCUGGACGGCGCUCUGCUUGCUGGGUUUGCUCCGUAGCCUCUCCUUGGCCACCGUUGGGCCGGGGGGUAUACCUCCUGGUACUGCAACUCUCCCUCGGAACGGUGAACUCGGGGAAAAGGCCCACACAUCCCGUGAAACCUCUGGGUUCACAGAUGCCAGCAACAUGACUACUGUUACCGCAGCGCUAUCUAGCACAGAAAACUCUUCAUUUGUUCCUAAAAAUGCAACUGGCCAGGAAGCCAUAGUACCAAGUACUCUUGGAAGUACCAGCCCCAGCAACUGCUCUCAGAACAGCAGCGGAACCUCGGAAGCCCAUCUUUCCUCCUCAGUGUCUACAGUCAACUACACAUCCACCUCUGGGAUCACCUCAAUUCCUGGAACCAUGAACACUUCUGUCCAGUCACAGACCACUCUAACCUUCGCAGUAUCCACCACCCCAACCAACUUUUUGACUUCAAAGAACACCUUGGAGCCCAGCAUGUUUUCUGGAAAUGUUUCAGACGGCCCAUCCAAUAGCACCAGCCCUAUGACAUCUCACACUAAAUCCUAUACAUCAUCUCCUCCCAGUCGAGUUAUCGUUAAGAGAGAAAUCAACUGCGUGGAAAUCAAACAAGUGAGAUUGACCCAGGGCAUCUGCUUGGAGCAAAAUGAGACCUCCAGAUGUGAGGACUUUAAGAAGGACAAAGGAGAGGACCUGGUCCAAAUACUGUGUGAUGAAAAGGAGCAGGCUGGGGCUGAGGUGUGCUCCUUGCUCCUGGCCCAGUCAGAGAUAAAGCCUCAGUGCCUGAUGCUGUUCUUGCCCAACAGAACAGAACUUCCCAGCAAGCUCCAGUUUAUGGAAAAACACCGGUUUGACCUGCAAAAGCUGGGCAUCCGUGACUUCACUGAAGAAAAUGUUCUGAGCCACCAAAGCCAUUCCCGCAAGACCCUGAUUGCUGUGGUGACCUCGGGAAUCCUGCUGGCUAUCUUGGGAACCACUGGCUAUUUCCUAAUGAACCGCCGCAGUUGGAACCCCGCUGGAGAAAGGCUGGGCGAAGAGCCUUAUCACUCGGAGAGCGGUGGAGGCCAGGGGUAUAGCUCAAGCCCUGGGGCCUCCCCCGAGGCCCAGGGAAAGGCCAUUGUGAACCAAGGGGCUCAGGAGAACGGGACCGGCCAGGCCACAUCCAGAAACGGCCAUUCAGCAAGACAGCAUGUGGUGGCUGAUACCGAAUUGUGACUUGGCAGGGUGGGGCAAGACUGGGCAAUGUCCUGGGAAGGGCCUCCACCUGUGUCUGGAGACAGCCCUCAUGUUCUACCCUUUCCCACUCUACGCACCCUCAGAGGUCUUGCCCGGAGCCCUGCACUGCACCGAGCCUGGGGUUUCUCUCCACCUUGGGGAGAGGCAGGUAACCCCGUGUCCUUUACAAAUUCAGCCCCUGAACCCAGACUCUGGUCUUAUUUGGUCCAGGGAAGCCUCCGGUGGGCGGGGGAGGGGGGGGGUGCUAUCUUGCUGCAUUCACGCCCAAGCACCCUUUCCCAGCCCUCAUCUUUUCCACCUUAUUACAGGAGACCCAGGGGAAACCCGGGCUUUUCUGGAUGACUGUUUCCUCCCAGGAAGCUUUGCCUUUUACUGUUUCUUAUAUUUUCUUCCUCCACUUUUGGGAAACAGAGUAACACUUUCCACCUGCUCCCUUGUAAUGAUGUACCCAGAAAACUAGGCGUCUUCAACCCUUCCCUUAUCCCUCCUCCAAGACACUGAGGCUUCUGCCCUCAGCUUCCUUCUUGCUCUCCCAGCUCCCCCUGUUCCCUUGGUUUACAGAAGCCUGCAGGGUAUUCUGGCUGGAGCCAGGGCCGAGCUCAAGUUUUAGAGCAAUGCCCAGUGUCUGAGAGUUGGGAGGAGGAGGUUGGAGUUCCUGAACACAAGUGUGCCCCUCUGCGAGGGAAAAUAGGGGGAAGCAAAUGACUUCAGUCCUGGUCUUCUCUCACGGGCCACCCCAGCCUCUUCUUUGGGCUCCUGCUUCAUCCUCUGGGUCAGAGUGGACAGGACCGUGGGACCAGGUCUUUGAGCAGAGCCUCUUCACCUGUGCUGUUCAGAGGAACCCUCUUGCUCUGAGGCUAGAGGUCCUGCUUACCCUCUCAUGGGACAGCCUGGCUUCCUCCUCCCUCCCCAGACUCAUGGGUUGAGCUGUGGCCUCAGCCCGCCAGCAGAAUCCUUUCUGUCUCUGCCUUCCCUUCCCCAAACCUUCUCACUCCUCUGCCGCACUCGUGGUCAAGGCCCCAGGGCAUCUCCAAAGGCUUGUGGUCAAGGCCCCAGGGCAUCUCCAAAGGCUUGUCCCCACAGCCGCUGCCUCCCAGAGGGAUCCUGGUCCUGCCCCCCCGCCCCGCCCAGAGGAGUGAGCAGGGAUCCCUGGGUUCAAUGACGGUUGGUAAUAGUAACUUUCCAGAGAUGGGAGAAUUGGGUGGGUUUUUUUUUUUCUGAAUAAAAAGUGUGUGUAAAUACUGUAAUUAAAGUGAUACCGGAACAGGUUUGUUGUGUGGCUCCAUCCCAGGUGGUAUGUCUGAAUGCCAGAGUGGCCCCCUUAAGACACCAGGCAGUGGUGGGGUUAGCCAGGUGAGAGGCCAUCCAGGUUGUUGCCCGUAGGCUGUGUCUGCCAACUGCCUUCCCUCCUCAGUGGGGGUGCCCAGAGGCUCACAGGGAGGCUGAUGUCUGUAGUCUGGCGGGACAGGCAGGCCAGAAGGCAGCAGGACUUCAGGAUGGGGUGGCGUGCUGAGGGCUUGU